AUGUCGAGUUCCGGCGGGUUGAGCGUGUCGGUCAGCCCAGGGGCGAGCGCCUUCUUCGCAGGCGAGCUCUUUACGGCCACCGUCACACUGCGCAACACGCUCCCGCCCUCAACGCCUCGUCCUCCUCCCUCGACCUCGUCGCCUGCCCCCCCACAUGCGCCUCGCCCUCCUCCUCCCCGACAAGCGCACGCGGGACACGCCCGAGCAGCGUCGUCCGUCACGCCGUCCUCGUGGCAGCGCCCGCCCCUCACGCCGCAGCGCGACCGCUCCUCGCCGGGCUACUUCGACUCGGCCGGCCCUUCCUCGUCGCCGGCGCGAGCCUCGCCGCAUGGCUCGACGCUCCACCCGAGCCUCAGCGCAGCAGCAAGCGCAUCGACCUCUCACCUCCCGAGCCCGACUUCCCCAACCGCCGCCCGCCGCAUCACCUCGGCCUACUCGCCCUCGCUAGCCCCCGCCGCCUCACCCUCGUCCGCCCUCGCCGACCCUGCGCUCCCGACGCGCAAAGGCCUCAUCGGCACUGCGCCAACAUCCGCUCCUGCGUCGGGCGGCGCACUAGGUGCAGGGCCCGGCGCCGGGCUGUACGCCAACGGGCCACGCCGGCCGGGCAUGCUCGGCGCCGCAGGGCGAGGGCAUGCGCGCGCGCAGAGCAUGGCCGUCAGCUCGCCUGACUUGCGCCUCGGAGGUGCGGCAGGUGGGGGCGGGGCAGGACCGGGCGCGAGGAACUUUACGGCGCCGGCGCCGGCGUUGGCGCAGAGAGGGUACUCGGCGGGGCCGUUGGGCAACGGGCGACGUGCGGGCAAGGACGACACGGGUCCGCCAUCGAGCGACGAGAUGCCGUCCCCCUCCGACAGCCCUCAUGCCGCUCCCGACUUUCCCGACGACGCCGCCUUCCCCGUCUCAGCCUCGACCUCGUCCGCCGCACCGCCCAUCUUUCCGCGCCGUCCGACGUUCGGCCAUCAGCGCACGCCGUCCCACCUCGGCUGCCCGGGCGCCACCGGCGCGCUCUCGCCCUCGUCGCUCACCGGCGCCAGCGCGAGUGCCGGGUCGGGCAGCAUCUACGGCUCGGGCAACGCGCGUGCACGUAUCUCGACGUUCACGCUCGCGAGCCAGUCGGACAGCGAGUCGGACGACGAGCGCGACCCGGCGGGCGCAGCGGCGCUGAACGGCCGAGGCGGGCUGUACGGCGCACGAGGCCAGGACGAAUCGCCCUCGGCGGCGUCGGGCUACGCGCGCAGGUUCUUCUCGGCGCCCGCAGGACCCGGUCCCACGUCGUCGUCGUCGUCGUCGCGCGCGCCGCUCGGGCCUUCGCCGCCGGACGAGCCCGCGCACGACCCGAACACGAUCUCGGUCCUGUGGGCGUUCGCGCACCUCGAGGGCGCGUUCGAGGUCGACGAGAGCCUGAUCAAGCCGGCCGAGUUCCUCGAGGUCAAGCGGCUGCUUGCCGGCGGGCAGGGCGGCGUCGGCGUCGGUGGAGGGACGCUCGAGGAGCGCCGGACGCAGGGUGGGUGGAGGAGCUGGCUGUUCAGCGGUGGAGGAGCGGGAGGGUCGGUGCAGGGCGGGGCGAGUGGGCCGGGUUCAGGGAGGGCGAGGGGCAGGGCGGACGAGGAGGCCGAGGGCGCGGCGAGCCUCGAGGAGAGGAAGCGGCUCGCCGUCGAGGAGCGCGCCGUGCCCAUGCUCAGCUGCCCGCCGAGCAUCCUCGGUGUCGACGUCGUCCUCAAGCCGGGCGAGAGCAGGAGCUAUACUUACACGCUCCGCAUCCCUGCCGACCUACCGCCCUCGUUCCGCGGCAAGGCGAUCAAGUUCAACUACCACCUCGUUGUCGGCACGCACCGCAUCCUCCUUUCUCCCUCGACCGCCCACCACGACGCGCCUCGCGCAGGAGACGCGCACGGUAGUGUCAGCAGGGUUAUGCGGGUGCCUCUGCGAGUGUACAACCACGUCGGCGUGACCGGGGCUCGCCCCUUCUACGACCUCACCAACCCCGUCAUCUUCCAGCGUGACGAGGCGACUGUCGCCGAGGCCGCCCCGUCGUCCCGCCUCGCGGCGUCGGCGAGCCGCACGACCAAGCCGGCCCAGCUCGAGCUCGCCUCGGCGCCGAGCCCCGCCCUCGACGCGCCCUCGGGCAAAGCCGACUUCGAGUCGUACGCCUCGACGCUGCUCGCGAGCGUCGUCGGCCUGUCGCCCGACCUCGGGCCCGCCUCGAGCACGUCGGCCGGCCUGUCGCCGACGCUCGAGCCCGUGCGCUCGCCGAGCAUCAUGGAGGCGCCGCCCGCUCUGCGGCCCGAGAUGAGCUCGCAUCGCGGUGGUGGCGGGCAGUCGUUGGGAGGGACCGGCGGCACGGCGAUCGAGGGCUUCGGCGUCGAGGAGGAGAGCGGCGGGUGUAAGGCGGCGGUCGAGAUCGUGUCGCGCAACUCGCAGAAGGUCUCGUACGACAUCAACAAGGACGGCUACCAGGUCGCGAGCCUGACGCUCGUCAAGUCGGCAUACCGCCUCGGCGAGACGGUCAAUGGGUCGGUGCUCAUCAACGGCGGCGAGGGCCGGGUUCUGCGAGUCUCUGCACGUCUCGAGACGCACGAACUCGUCGAGACGAGCAUCUCGACGCUGCCCGCUCCGCGCAUGCGCCAAAUCACGCGGCGCCAGCACGCCGAGCAUCACGAGAUGGUCCUCGACUCGGCCCGCAUCGGCUUUGCGCUCGCCAUCCCGUCCGGCGCCACGCCCGAUUUCGGCACGUCGGGCGUCAAGCUCCAGUGGUCGGUCAAGCUGUCGUUCCUCGUCAUCCCGCCGUCGCCGGACGCGCCUGUCGGGUCGUCGAGCGGGCCGCCGUCUCGCCGAGGUACGCCGACGAGCAACGGCGCAGCGACGCCUCCUCGCUCUCAGCAGGGCGGCGGACACGGUCGCAGCAAGUCGUUCGCCUACGGCUUCGAGCCCGCCGUCCCUCUCACACUCCCGCCACCACCCAUGAUCCUCCCCUCGGGCGCCGCGCACCUCAUGCCCGUUCCGCACCCUCCCUCGCCCGACCCGACAGCCGCCAACGCUCAGCAACCCGUCCCUCACGUCUCGUACCGCGCCGUCCCCGACCUCGGCUUCGUGCCCGUCCCGUUCUCGAGCGCGUCGUCAGACAAGGCGACGAGCGCGCCGCCAGCCAUGGGCCCGCUGCAGAAGACAGCCCGGGGCGCCAUGCACCGCCCGCAGCCGAGCAUAAGCUCGGGCAGGGCCAUGGCUGGCGGGGCGAGCAGCGUCACGGGUGCGGGCAGCACGGUCCUCGUCCCGGCAAAAGUCGAGACGGUCGAGUGCUCGAUCCCGAUCAAGUGCUACCCAGGCAACACGCCGUUCCGACCGACCGUGAGCGUCUUCGAGGCGUGAUCGGCCUUCUCGCGCACCUCUCACUCUUUCUUGAACAGAUCUGCACGUCCACCUCGUGCAACGCAGCUCUUCUGCGCUAUU